UGAUUACGGUCUGUCUGAGAGUUGUGAGAUCCGACAUGUGUCCCCGAAGUUAUCGUGAUUUGUAAACACAAUCUAUAUGUAUAUAUGGCAUCAUAUCAUCGAAACUUCAAGAACUCGUUUUAAUUCUUUACUAGUUGUGAUGUGUGGAGUGCUGAUAACUGAUCAUUGUAUUCAAAUAUGGAUUUUUAAUGGCAGAGUUUUUACGCCAUAAGUUGCUUCAUUUCCCAGAGGGAUCGUGGAAUUAAGUGAUACAUCACUGCAUAAGGUGAUAUUAUUAUUAUUAUUAUAUUGAAAUCAAUGCAGUUUUGCCUAAGGCCACCUAUCAAUUGGAAAAAACGAAAUAUUAUGGACGGAUCUCGGUGACAUUAUCUCGAUUUAUUGUUCGCCGAUUGUAAACAAUACCACCAUAUUAAUACUGAUACUCAUACGUGUUUCUGCUUUAUUGAAAUGGGGUUGAAUGAACCUGUUUGCAGACUCAAGUGACACAACCGACUUUUGUAUCUACGGAAUGUGUAGUUCCACAAAACGAGUAAAACAACAAAUGGGCUUUUGUUUUACUAAAUGAAUUUAUCUUUAGCAAGCAGAAUAGAUGGAUACAAAGCGGAGAAAUUAUAAUUAAAUUAUAUAUUUGUAUAUGUAUAUGAUAAAAAUGUGUACUGUAAAAUAAAUACACGCUCAAGUACCAACUGAUUACGCACUAGUAUAAAGCAAUCAUGGAUUGUGUUCCUGGUGAACCCGUACCUGAAAACGUCGACUAUGACCCGCACAUGUUUCAGAACAUAAGCGCCCUAUCGCUGCCAGCGCCCAUACCGAUAUGGGAGAUUACUCUAAAAGCGAUUUUCUACGUUGCCGCGUUCUUAUGUGACGUCAUCGGAAACAGUAUCUUCAUUUUAGUGAUUGUCUUGAACAAGCGCAUGCGUUCCACAACUAACGUGUUUCUGUUGAAUUUGGCGGUCAGUGACGUCAUGGUGGGCUGCUUUUGUAUGUGGGUGCAUCUUGGCAACAAUAUUACCAACGAUUGGCCCUUUGACGAAUUCGUCUGCAAAGGGAAUACUUUCAUGCAAGUGGUAGCUGUUACGUCCAGCGUUCUGACGCUGACGGCGAUUGCGGUGGAGCGUUUCUUCGCAAUCGUGUUUCCGCUGCGGAAGCGGAAGUCGCCGUGUAUCACUGUUGUGGUGCUGGUAACCAAUUGGCUAGUGGCGGUUGGCAUAGCAAUGCCGCACCUGAUAGUCCGGCGUCGGUACGAAUAUUACUGGAAAGACCGCCACCAGAUCUGGUGCGAAGAGAACUGGCCGAAAGUCUACGUGAACCGGAACUGCUCGAUAGUGAUGCCCGGCCGCCGGAUCUACUACACACUUGUCACAAGCGUCCUUUACUUCAUACCGAUCUUCGUGAUGCUGUGUGCCUACACGAUCAUUGUCAUCAAGAUGCUGUUAAGGAAGCGGCCCGGGACGCAGGUCAACAGCUCCCGGCAGCUGCAGGAAAAAUCCAGGAAAAAGGUUAUUAAAAUGCUGGUCGCGGUUUUGACUGCAUUUAUCGUAUGCUGGACGCCGCAACAAGCUUUCAUACUCUGGGACAUGUACCGUCCUACAGCAGAAUUAGGGGAAGAGAUCCCUGGGUACGUCAUGAAGAUCAAAUACGCCGCCAUGUACAUCGCCUACCUGAACAGCGCCCUCAACCCGAUCCUCUACGGCGGCUUUAACGAGAACUUCCGGAAUGGCUUCAACGACGCCUUCCAUUGCCUGCUUCUGAGGAGGAGGAACACGGUAGUACCAUUUUUAGUCGAACCAAAGCCCGGUCAGUCCAGGCGCCCUCAGGGAUCAGCUAAUACGACCCCCGUGCACACCACUCCCGUCUGCACCUCAACCAUCUGAUAGUAACGUGUACAUCACUGCAACGUGCAGCACACCCAUUGGUACUGUGACGAGUACACUACUCCCGUCUGCACCUCAACCAUCUGAGAUUCACGUGUACAUAACUACAACGUGCAGCACACCCAUUGGUACUGUGACGAGUACACUACUCACGUCUGCACCUCAACCAUCUGAGAGUCACGUGUACAUCACUGCAACGUGCAGCACACCCAUUGAUACUGUGACGAGUACACUACUCAUGUCUGCCCCUCAACCAUCUGAGAGUCACGUAUAUAUCACUGCAAUGUGCAGCACACCCAUUGGUACUGUGACGAGUACACUACUCCCGUCUGCACCUAAACCAUCUGAGAGUCACGUGUACAUCACUGCAACGUGCAGCACACCCAUUGGUACUGUGACGAGUACACUACUCCCGUCUGUAUCUCGACCAUCUGAGAGUCACGUGUACAUCACUGCAACGUGCAGCACACACAUUGGUACUGUGACGAGUACACUACUCCCGUCUGUAUCUCGACCAUCUGAGAUAUUUCUCCUGUCUGUACAUUUCUGCCAUGUACCUAACAUCCGUAGAUUCUGUCACGCAUUCACAACCCAAGCAUCCGCUUCGAACAUCUGAUAGUCACGUGUGUACCACUGACACGUGUCUUACAAAUAUAAGUCAUGUCACGUUAACACCAUUCCCGCCAGCAUUUCCACUCUCUGAUAGUCACAUGUACACCAUUUAGACGUGCCACACAACCAUAAAAUCUGUCCAAUUCACCAGGCUGCACCUCCCCCAAACAUCUGAUAGUCACGGGAUAAACAAUGACGCUUGUCCACAGCCAUCAGUACUGUCACGUUAACAUCAUCCCCUCCUUCAACUCGACCAUCUUAUACAAUACAGCGACGUGUCCAACAUUCACUGAAACUGCCACGUGUGCCUCAUCGUUUAAAAGUCGAAUGAGCACCACUGUAGCGUGCCCAAAAGUUCUAUUACGUGUGCACCCCACCCACAAAUCGACUAUCUCAUAGUCACAUAUACACUAUCGGUGGAUGCAGCUCUAAAAUUAAUUGCUUUCACGUGCACACUAUCCCGUCUGUAUCACGACCAUCUGAGUGUCAAAUGAACACCACAAGCACGUGCACCACAUCUUUUUGCCACAUGUACUCUACAACCGCCUGCAACUUGACCAUCUAAUAGUCAUUCUUAGACCAAUGCCACGUGCCUCACAACACUCAGUACUGUAAUGUGUACACUACCUCGUCCUGCAUCUUGACUAGUCUUAUUUAUAAGACGCGCAAAGAAUUUAGAGAUACUUUUUAUAUGGGCUAAAUUCUUUGCUCCAAAUAUUACCAAUAUAAAAAGAAGCUUAAUAUUUGAGAGCGUCAACAAGUUGGACUACAUCUCGACCAUCUGUUAGUCACAUAAACACCACUAUCAUGCCAGUAAUGCCACUGACAUCACUGCCCCAAACCAUCCGUACACAUGAACACUACCAGGCGCAUGCAGCGUAAUUAUUAAAUAUAAUAUUUAAUGUGUACACCACCCACCGGCCUGCAUCUUAACAGAUUUCGCGGACGCCAUGGGCAUGUGCCCAUACACGAUCAUUUCCUCACGUGCACAUUGUUAUUUGUUACAAAUGUAUGUACUUAUGUAAAACAAAAUUAAAAUUUGUUAAACAUC